AUGUCAGUUCCCCCUCCCCCUGGUCUCAACUAUAUUGCGGCAAUCCAACCUGCACUCAUUGACGUCAUGAUUGGGCAUACUUUUACGGUCAUCCUCGUGCCCCUCCUCAUUGCAAUGUUCUACUUCUCAAACGAUCAUUCACGGAGACAGCCUAUCUUCAUCCUCAAUGUUUUGAAUCUGUGCCUGGCAUUCUCUGUCGGCAUAAUGGGGGACAGUAGAGCUGUUAAUACCAUGUUGUCACCGACGCAUCCAUACCCUGUUUCAUAUGACAUAACCAUGGGCGUCCUUGGGGCCGUCCAAACUAUCCUUGUUGAUACCAUCCUGCUCUUUCGCAUCUGUUCCGUUUAUCCGCCAAGAUACCUCACAUGGCAACGUUUUGUGAUGUUGGUUUCACUGCCCGUUUUACUCAAAGUUGCCCGUGUUAUCAAUCUAGCUCUCUUUAUCGCAGCUCUAACAAAAGCGGCCAAAAAACCCAAUGCGGAAGCAACCUUGGCAGCCCUGUGGGCAGCAGCUCCGUAUCUCAAGAUUGAGUGGUUCGCGCAAUUGGUGGAUAACAUAUAUGCGUCCUCUGUAUUCCUAUUGACACUUUGGUCAAAGCAGAAAAAGAACCACGGCUCCGUCACGGGCGAUGCCAAGCUUUCGUUCAGAAUGAGACUCCGGACGCUAUUUUGGAUCGCGCUUUCAAACUUCAUAAUUCCAGCGCUCUUUUCGGUUGUCCAGAUCAUCGUCAUUUACUGCGAAGUAAACCCAGCGGUCAUCAAUCAAAUAAUCCUGGCGAAUAUAUCAAUUGCGGUUAUCGGCGUCGUCUUUGCAACGGUAUGGGCGGGCUCAGUUAACAGCCAGAUCGCUCGAUCGGAUGCCCAACCAGUUGCAGAUGUCGAAAAAUCUGUCGUGAAAGGAAGCGUGAUGCAUUUUGCAACUCGGGGUACCUAUGAGACGCGCAACGCAUCACAUAUAACCUAUCAACUUCCAGCUAUAUCUGGUCUCCGAGAUUCCACUGAUGAGUUCGGAAUCAGUGACUCGGAGAGAUAUGGUUUGCCUAAACAUCCUCUGGCUUUGGGUCUUUACUGA